GCAGACCCCGUGAUCAUUAUUUACGGAAGUGUAGCCUCACCUCGAACAGAAGUCUGUUCUCAGUCAUUUCUGUUGUGUAUUUGUCAUGCUGAUAUUUCUUUAUUCUUCGGAGCUAAAUAGCCGCCUUGAAAAACGUCUGUUCAGAGUUCAUUUACCUCCAAAUGAGCUUCCGGUAACACGUUAAAAUCUUACAGCUGGUAUUACUAGCUAGCUUAAAACGGUGAGCCAAUAACCCUUUCAGUUCCUCUGCUACUACAUACUCGGUCGUCCUGUAGCUGGUUAGGGUGUGUUUGAAGACUGCAUUAAGUCUGCACAAACUGGUUGUAAUCAGGUAUCUGCAGUUUCUGAAAAAGUUAACUGAAGGUAACGUCAGCGCCAUGGGAGCUGAACAGAGCGGAGAUGCGGAGCACAAACACUCCGAAUACAGCUCAUCAGUGGUGCCAUCUCCAGCAAAGCAGAAGGCAAAGAUGGAUGAUAUUGUGGUUGUGGCUCAAGGGACCCAGUCAAUGAGAAAUAUCCACAACGACCCAGAUGUCAUCAAGCUUCAGGAGAUACCUACAUUUCAGCCCCUUUUGAAAGGGGUGCUGAGCGGCCAGACGUCACCCAGCAGCGUGUGCCUGGAAAGGCUGGAUGCUGCUCAGGUUCUGCAGCUCUGCAUCCGAUACCAGGACCACCUACACCAGUGUGCUGAGGCUGUGGCUUUUGACCAGAACGCACUUGUCAAGAGGAUCAAAGAGAUGGACUCGUCAGUGGAAACUUUGUUCAGCAUAAUGCAGGAACGCCAGAAACGGUACGCCAAGUACGCCGAGCAGAUCCAGAAGGUCAACGAGAUGUCCAUGAUCCUGAGACGCAUCCAGAUGGGCAUCGACCAGACGGUGCCGCUGAUGGAGCGUCUCAAUAACAUGCUGCCUGAGAGCGAGCGCCUGGAACCUUUCAGCAUGAGGCCUGAUGGGGAAUCUGCAACCAAAUAACCGCUUGAAAAUAAACACAGCUGCUUCCUACCAGAGUCUCCACACAGCUCUGAGUCCAGGAGGAACGGCAGGUUUAUCCAGCUGUAGAAAAUCUGAGACUUGGAACAUUUAAGGAAAGUCCGUAUCUGGAUUUGUUGCUGCUCGGCUGUGUACGGCCGGGACCGCUUAGGUUCAUUCUGCGAGUCAAAAACGAUUAUUUUUUUUAUUCUUUUAUUUAUUGCAGUACAGUUUGCUGAACACACAUGCCAGUAAUCAGUAGCUCAACAGAUACAUUUUCACACCUGCAAGCUGUCCAGAUCAAUAACCUUCAGGGCUGCAUUCAUACGCCUGGCUGAAGGGAAUUAUACCGGCAGUCGUUGAGCUCGGUCCCAUUUUUAUGUUGUAUUCAAAAUGAUCUCCAUAUGCUCUUAAACUGCAGAUGUUUUGCAGGGUUUAAAGACUCUAAUAUGAAUUUGAGCAAUAUAAAAACAUCUAAAACUGCUGCUCUGGAGAUUUGUGGAUGCCUCCCAACACUUGCCAGCUGCUGCAGAAUAUGUGAUAUGUUAAUUUUGGAUCUUGCACCUCACAUUACAGAUACUUCAUGAUGUUUGAGUUGCUUUCUCAUCAUAUCCUAUCCCAGAAGAGCUUGUAUGCAUUCUUUACAGAGCUGAUGAUUCAUUUUCGGAUAUAUAGAAAACUAAGUAUUAUUGCAAACGUGUAACAUAAUGAGGAUGAACACAGUGUGCAGCAGAAGGAAAAUCAGAUGUUUUGUGUGGGAUGAAAUUAGACUUUAAAUGGAUGCUUUUGCUUGAGUUGUUGUAACAAGCCUGCUUACAAGUAAAAUAGAUGAAAAAUAGAAACUUUGGACUGCACAUAGAUACUGAUAGCUCAGGUUUUUUAAGGAGACUAAUACAGAAACAGAGAUGGACGCAAAACAUUUUGAACUCAGAGACUUCUGUUUUAGUUCACUACACUAAAACUCAGCAUUAAAUUUGUAUGUUGGCCUGCUUGUCACAGAGAUGGUCACACACCAAAGGUUCACACACUGACCCAUUAAUAAUAAGUGGAAGUUUAAUAGUUUGUCAUAUUUUUGGCCGUUAAUGUGACGGCUUCAUCUGUUGAGUAGUUCUCGUGUUCUUGUUCCCUUUACAUGGGAUAGAUUUGUGAUUUAAUGUGGUCUGACAUGUUUACUGCCUCUAUUUAAAAAAAGGAAAAAAAAAAAGAAAAGCUGUCCAGAAGUGCCCGUGUAGCAUGCUGUCAGCAAUUUAUUUUCUUAGGUAGAAAAGAAACAUCUUUUUCCUUGCAGAUGCAUCGUUGACCUUUGUUUAUAAUUUUGUUUUGUAUGUAUAAAUGCCAGUAAAACUAAAGCAAGAAACUGGCUUUAAGGUGAGCCAGCGCUUUGCAGCAAUUUCAGUGAGAGCACGUUGGUCCACUAGGUGGCGUAUGUAUAACACACAACACAGAGUGGUGCACACAACACAGGCUGGGGUUUCUUCAUUGUCCAUAAACAGCUGUUUGAGUGAUAUUAGAACAAUUAAUGGUUGUUGGCUUGUACAUGCUCACUGUUGUCGUAACCAAACCUGCCACUGUAAAAACAAAUAAUUAAUUAAAGAGGCUGAACUCCUA